ACAGGCAUUGUGUACAUGUAUGUCAACGUCAAACAGCUCAUGUGUAUGGUCUAUUGUUCCCCCUCCAUGCCAGUGAGUAUGCAGACCAGCUUCACCAUGCGCAGAGGCCGGCCGGCGAAGAGCUAGUAGCAUCAGGGCUGGUUGGUUGGAGAAGCUCAAAGCCGUCGUGGCUAGCUUAGUGGGGUGGUUACUGCCGUGCCAUGGUCGCCGUCGAACGCCACCCCUUCAAGGAGGGGGUUCGCCACAAACCCCGCGCCUCUACUCGAGGGCCUCUUGGCUGGCCGGCGUCGGCGAGUGUAGUGAUCUCAGAUUUUACGCAGCAGUUUUAUUGUCCAAAUCCUAUUCUGCACCCGUUGCGCUGGUUAAAGGCGUCGGCACAUACAGGCGCACCCCACCCCAUGGAUUGCUUCGGGGCCGGCCCAAUAAAUUAUACGGGCGAGCCCAAUCGCCGAUUUUGGGAAGCUUCAUGGUCUCAGCCGACAGCGGCUCGCACAACAGUUCGGGAAGACGAACACAAGUGCACACCUCCAGCUCCAACCUAUGCUGACGUGGUGAGAGCAAAUGUCACACCGUCACCAACCGACGGGCACAACCGUACACCUACGUGCUCACUGCUGACGAAUGUGGCCGGAACAAGCGCCACCAACAUCACUGGCGCCCGCCGACCUUUGCUGCAAUCCUUCGAAAUCUCUAACUAUUCUUCAGAAGAGGAUGCCUUCAGUCUCGCUUUACUACAUGCUGCUCGACGAAUCCCAGCCGAUUCUAAUUUUGAAAAACUAGAAGUUCCUAUAAUUACAGAGAUAUGCCUAAAUUACAUUGGCCGCCCCAGGAGUAUCCAGAACCUCACAUCAUUUUUGAAGAAUAAUCCUCUGGCACAGCGUAUGGAUAUAUUUGAGGGCAAAAUGACUGUUCUAACUGCAACACUUGAGGGAAGAAUUCUUAUGCAGACCUUCAUGAAUGUUGUCUCGGAGUGUCAUUCAAGAAAUAAAAGCUGGAAUGGCACAUUUGAUUGGCAGGACAUACGGAUCAUUACGACCAGGCAGUCUAAGAAGAUAAUGAUGAUACUCAAAGUGCCAGUGAAACUUGAAGGGGAGACGCUGCUUCGGGCUAUGCGUAGUGACCUAUGCAAAGCUGCCGCGAUACUAAUACCACUCUAUAAGAUCGGUCCUUUUCCCAAUGAUUGGAGAACUGUCGUGAAAUCAGAAAUGAAGAGCAACACGGCCAUUGCUGUUUUCACGGUUGUGUACUAUCACAAGCCCGGCACAUCUUAUGGACGCACGAUGGGUGAGCUUGCUAGGUUUAUCCGGAAUGUUCUUGUGCAUAGCAAGGAACAUAGACGACAAGAUGGCGUUGUCAUCUAUUAUGAAGAGCACGAGUUGGAGAUGUACCUUUUUAAAAUAUUCACUCCGUUUCUCCCAAGCGUUAUGCGAACCCUUUUGGUCUCAGGAAAAAUGGACAUGGAACAACUUUGUGGAGAGGAAGCUUGGACAUCUUACAAAUUAUUUGUCUAAGUCGAACAAGAGGUGUCCAUGGUCCGUAUGUAAGAGACUAAGAGAAGCUCUCUUAAUGAAGAUAAUUUGUAAGUGUAUGAGGCCAUUUAUUUGCCUUCUUUCAAAGAAGGCAAAGUAAAGCAUGGCGUGAUAGGUUUAAUUUGGAUAUUUUGUCUCUCCUUUCUCUUUUGGGGAUUCGUUAGUAUACAAUUUCAAGAAGGUUGUUGGCUCAGAUUUUGCUGUGGUCGAGAGAAGGUUGUCAGCCUAGUUGGCGUGCAGUAAGGUGUAAGCAGACAUCGGUGUGUGGCUCGUAAUACGUACAUGUGUAUGUGUGUAUUAUAUGUAACUCGGUAACUAUAGAUGACGCGGAUUGUUAUAAAAAUAUAUUGUACUGUGUUAGGUGAAUUAAUGAACUCCCCCGAAUACUAUGAUUUGUAUUGAGUGAACUUUUGUGCUAUUGGAAGCAAAA